UAUUAUGUAACCUUAGCAUAUGUAGAUGUGUGUCAAAUGUUCCAAAUGUUUCGUGUAGUAUUGUAAUAGUAGCAAAAUCAGGUUUUACUUUGCAAUGUGUAGAUGAAUAGAUAUCCCACAUUGAAUCAUUGAUUUUGUAUUGAAUGUUCUGAUGGCAGCUAGUUAUACUUCAUAUCGAAAGGGGGCAGCAUUGUGCUUUUAGUGCAUGUUGGACGAAAAGAAAGAAGCGAUUCAAGGGCUGAUGCGCAUGUGCUUGUAGAGGUCAUGUUUAUAAUGUUACUUGAAGUCCCUGGUCAGGCCUGAUAAGAUGCUUAAAUCAAUACAGCUUGGUCGCUUUGCGAUCUCUCCAGUAAUUAAAUGUCGGGGACACGUUUAUUGCGCUAAAGGAAGCGGUGUCAGCCAAGUCCUUCGUAGGAUCCCAGCGCACUCUCACCCGGGACUCUUCACUAGACCAGUAUUGCCAUACGUAGGCCUACAGAGUGCACCUCUACUCUAUCAACACCAGAUUGUUGCCCACUGUGCUGAUCUGUCCUCGCAGAAAUAUACUUUGAUCUAUGCAUUACCUACCAUAACAAUUUUACGGGCUUUGUCUAGACUUAAACUUAUACAGACUGGAAUCACUGUUGUCAUGCUCCCCCCUCUAUACUACCUCUUCCUCCAAGGAGAACUCUCCCUGACCGUGGUGAACUACAGCACUGGGAUUGCAGCGUUUGCUGCUGUCAUGCUCUACUCCAUCAGUCAAUUCGCCAGACGAGUAGUGGGAAGGAUGUACUUGGACUCUUCUGGAACUACGCUCAAGGUGUCCCAUCUGACGUUCUGGGGCCGUCGCAAUGACCUGUACAUGCCGGUGAACGAUGUCAUGACUUUUGGAGAUGUCGGCGACUCUCCAAACGAGACGAUUUUGUACUUCAAGCGAUAUAGUACCACGGACAUAAUGUAUUUCUCUACCCGAUUUGGACGCGUGGUUGAUAAGCGUGGAUUUGAGAAGGUCUUUGGCACUCUAAUCUAAAUCGUGUGUUAUUUUGAUUACUUUUUAUAUUUUGGCUCAUGUUUUUUAUUAUUGAAAUGUUGGUGUGUGAUGUACAAAAUAUGGCAUAAAGGGGUACCGUAUCUUACAUACAUGUUGUAGACAAUUUAUUUCAUGAUUGCACAAGAAACAGAAUAGCCUAUGCAGUUUUUCCAAACUUACUUCAUUGAUUCAUAACAUUAAAAAUACAUCUGCAACAUU